GGGCGGCGGAGUCGGCGGCGGCGAUGGGGAGCGGCGGUGUGAUCCACUGUCGGUGUGCCAAGUGUUUCUGUUACCCUACAAAGCGAAGAAUAAGGAGGAGACCCCGAAACCUAACCAUCUUGAGCCUCCCUGAAGAUGUGCUCUUUCAUAUCCUGAAAUGGCUUUCUGUCGGGGACAUCCUGGCUGUCCGAGCUGUGCACUCCCACCUGAAGUACCUGGUGGACAACCAUGCCAGCGUGUGGGCGUGUGCCAGCUUCCAGGAGCUGUGGCCUUCUCCAAGGAACCUGAAGCUCUUUGAAAGGGCUGCUGAAAAGGGAAAUUUUGAAGCUGCCGUGAAGCUGGGUAUAGCCUACCUCUACAAUGAAGGCCUGUCUGUGUCUGAUGAAGCACGUGCGGAAGUGAACGGCCUGAAGGCUUCUCACUUCUUCAGUCUCGCUGAGCGACUGAAUGUGGGUGCCACGCCCUUCAUCUGGCUCUUCAUCCGCCCUCCGUGGUCGGUGUCUGGAAGCUGCUGCAAAGCUGUGGUUCAUGAGAGCCUCAGGGCCGAGUGCCAGCUGCAGGGAGCGGGUCCUGGCGAGGGACACACGUGGGGCCGGCGUGCUGGACGGUCUGAGCCCCAUAGGACUCACAGAGCAUCCAUACUGCACUGCUUGGGGAGAGUGCUCAGUCUCUUCGAGGAUGAAGAGCAGAAGCAGCAAGCCCAGGACCUGUUUGAAGAGUCUGCUCAUCAGGGUUGUCUGGCCAGCUCAUACCUCCUCUGGGAACGUGACAGGAGGACGGACAUGUCAGAUCCUGGGCGAUGCCUCCACAGCUUCCGGAAACUCAGGGACUUCGCGGCCAAAGGCUGCUGGGAAGCACAGCUGUCUUUAGCCAAAGCCUGUGCGCAUGGAAGCCAGCUCGGACUCGGUGCGACAGCCUCAGCCGGGGUGGUGCGCCCCCUCUUUCAGACCUCCCGCGCCAUCAGCAAGCAGCAGGUCUUCUCUGUGCAGAAGGGCCUCAGCGACACGAUGAGGUACAUCUUGAUUGACUGGCUGGUAGAAGUCGCCACUAUGAAGGACUUCACGAGCCUGUGCCUUCACCUGACCGUGGAGUGCGUGGACCGGUACCUGCGGAGGAGGCUGGUGCCCCGGUACAGGCUUCAGCUGCUGGGCAUUGCCUGCAUGGUCAUCUGCACCCGGUUCAUCAGCAAAGAGAUCCUGACAAUCCGCGAGGCUGUGUGGCUCACAGACAACACAUACAAGUAUGAGGACCUGGUGCGGAUGAUGGGAGAGAUCAUCUCUGCCCUGGAAGGGAAGAUUCGGGUCCCCACUGUGGUUGAUUACAAGGACGUCCUCCUGACGCUGGUCCCUGUGGCGCCGAGAACCCAGCACCUGUGCAGCUUCCUGUGCGAGCUCUCCCUGCUGCACACCAGCCUGGCGGCCUAUGCUCCAGCCCGUCUGGCCGCAGCCGCCCUACUGCUCGCAAGGCUGACGCACGGGCAGGCACAGCCCUGGACCACGCGGUUGUGGGACCUGACUGGGUUCUCCUGUGAAGACCUCAUACCCUGUGUCCUGAGCCUUCAUCAGAAGUGCUUCCACGAUGACGCCCCCAAGGACUACCGGCAAGUGUCUCUGACUGCCGUGAAGCAGCGGUUUGAGGACAAGCGCUACGAAGAGAUCAGCCAGGAAGAGGUACUGAGCUACGGCCAGUUGUGCACAGCUCUGGGAGUGAAGCAGAACAGCCCGGAGCCCACGUCGUUCCUCAGCACAGGGGACAUCCACGCCUUCCUCACCUCUCCUUCAGGAAGGCGGACCAAGCGGAAGCGGGAGAACAGCCUCCAGGAGGACAGGGGCAGCUUCGUCACCACGCCCACCGCGGAGCUGUCCAGCCAGGAGGAGAUGCUGCUGGGCAGCUUUCUGGACUGGAGCCUGGACUACUGCUCUGGCUACGAGGGUGACCAGGAAAGCGAGGGUGAGAAGGACGGUGACGUGACGGCCCCCAGCGGCAUCCUCGAUGUCACCGUGGUCUAUCUGAGCCCCGAACAGCACUGCUGCCAGGAAUCGAGUGAUGAGGAGGCCUGCCCGGAGGACAGGGGACGCCAGGACCCGCGCACCUGGGUACCAGGCCCCCAGACGCCUCCAACGCCAGGGCCUGAGCCUCGGCUCUGCAGCACAAGGGAGCCAGGCAGGGACAAUGUGACCUCAGGGUACUCCUCCAUCAGCAGCACAAGUCCCACAAACUCAGUGGACGGCAUCUCAGGGGGCCCCCCCCAAUCUACCUCAGUGCUGUCCCCAGGCAGCGACUCAAACACACAGCCUUGCCACCACCAUGCCAAGAAGUCGUGUUUACAGUGUCGCUCUCCAAGCCCUCCGGAGAGCAGCGUGCCCCAGGUGAAGAGGAAAAACCUAUCGACCCACAGCAAGGAGGAAGGGGAGGAGGAGGAGAGGGACCUGAGCCAGGCUUGCUGAGGCUGCGAGUGUGCCCGUGCUUGCCGCAGGGAACAUUGCCUAAGGGAGGGCUGCCGCACUAGGGAGCCGUGGGGGCACUGGAGAUGGACGCCAUGUGGACCCCAGUGGCUCUCUCACAGGGAACGGAGAGAACACGGGACGCUAAGUUUCUUUCUCCAGGGUAGUCCCAUGCGAGCCGUCAGAAUGUCUGAAUCAGAACAAAAACUCAGAUUCUUCCCUUUGGGAAGCUUAGCCUCAAAGCAGUUAUGCCACACCCUGUGAAGCCCGUUUCUCUGUCCCCUCUUGUGUCUGUCCUCUCUCUGGGGAGCUUGAGCCCACGUCCUGAUCUCCCCAGCCCCACUGAGCCCCAUCCCAGGAGCCGACAGCUUUCACAGUUGAGAACGCGUGUGGCCAGGUGGCCUGGCCCAGCUCCCCUCCCAGCAUCUCUCUGGUUUUGGGUUCCUGGGGGGGCUGACAGCUCUGAGCGCCCCACCGUCCUCAUAUCUCCGCACCCGCACCUGCCCCCCCCCCCUGCCGCUCCCGUCCUCACUGGGUGGCAGGUCCCCUGCUGAGGGAGCCAUGCCCCUGCACACUGCUGUGGACUGCAUGGGAACGCCAGGUGGGGGGCCCUAAUUGCUUUCUUGGCCCUCAGCUCCCUGCCCACCACACUCUCUGCUCCCUCAGAAAUCUGUCCCUUCCUCCAGAGUGAUUGGUCUUUGUCCCCAGCAGGUGGUGUCCACAUGAACACCUCUCUUUGCACUGAAUUUCUAGGCCAUUUCUUUUCCUCUCUAUUUCCAUCCUUUGUUCUUCUAAGAUGGAAAUAAAAAAAAAUUAA